UUUCACCGUUUCCCACCACACCCAACUAUUUUACAUUUUCAUAUUCGGCCUUUCAUUGCUUCGGUUGUAGAUUCCAUUACAGCACUAACCAUCACGAAAUUUAUAUUUUUUUCUUUCUCCAUAUUGAUUGUAUUUCACGUUUUUGCACCCUUUCACGGGUUAUUUGCCUUUUCUUCAUUUCUCUUUUGAUCACUUCUUCACAUUUAUUCAAUACCCAUUUUGGAAAUCUUUCCCUAAAUACUCAUUACAUAUUUCUUUCUUUCUUUUUGGCAUUGUUAUCCGUUUUUGUCUCUGGGUUUUGUUGCAUCCUUUGGAAGGUGCAUGCUGUUGAUUCCUGAAAUCUGCAUAUUUUUAUGGGGGUAAGAAGCAAUGAAGCUCUGGGAUAUAUUGCAGUCUACAUGUAUAGGUGAUCUUCAUUGUAUAAACAUAGAUAGUUGUUAAGAAGAUAGCUAAAGACAUGGCAACUACAAUGGGUAGAAAGGCAGCUCCUGCACGGAAUAUGAUGGCAUUUAAAUCUUAUCACAGUCAGGCUCAGACUCUAGUUAAAACUUAUUUGUUAGCAGAUCAUUUUAUACCCUACACUUCUGUCUUUGCGGGCAUAUUUUCUUGCAAAAUGGUCUAUGAUUUAUGUCAACUGAUCAGCAGUUUUUACUUUAGGACGUACACUACCCUAACAAAAAUUCAAAGGAUUGAGUGGAACAACCGUGGCAUGUCAACAGUUCAUGCCAUUUUCAUAUCUGCUGUGUCCACGUAUUUUGCAUUCUGGUCCAAUCUUUUCUCUGAUCACAAUCCUGAUGGCCUUUUAAUCACCAGAAGUUCACAACUAUCAACUUUUACAUUAGGGGUAAGUGAUCUUCUACUGUAUAUGCUGAGUAUUGUCUUGUUAUAUUACUUCCGUUUUGGGUUUCCUUGAAAGGUUUUGAUAUUUAGGAAUUCGUGAUGCAGUGACAUAUCUCUCUGGCUGUAGAGUAAAGAUGGCUCCGGUAUUGAUAUUGUAAUGCUAAUGUAGAUGGAACUUCAUUUAUAAAUUAUUUAUUAAGUAUGUUCUCUGGAUUACCCCACUUUGUGGGAUUUCACUGGGUAUGUUGUUGUUGCUGUAUGUUCUCUGGAUUCAUUGUUAUUCUGUUUCUUUACUAGAAAAAUUUAGGCUCAAUUUUCUCUUGCAAAAGGUUAUUGACUGUUGUUUCCUGUAUGCACCUGUUUCUCUUUAAGGGAAGGCAAUUGAUUUUUGGGGGUUAAAGGGAUUCAAAUUUACACUUCCCAUGGGGUAGAAUCUCAUUGGUGCCAGCUACCUAAGCUAAGGUUUAUUUGCUUGUGUGUCUUUUAUGUUCUUUUAUUUCUGUUUUCCUUUUUUUUUUUUUUUUUUAUGUGCAAACCAGGUGGUGAGGGGGCUGAGAACGGUAAAGACUUGCUGCUCGUUAUUUGAGAUAUGGUUACAUUCCUUUUAAAACAGUUCUCUGAUUUCAGCUCGAAUAACUUUACUUGAACCAAAUAUUUGAUACUCAAAUCUUAACCAAAGAAAAAAACAAUUAUAUGUACUAAAAGCGGCUUUUGAGUUGAACAUUAAAAACAUAGUAAUAUUCCAAGUCUGAAGAACCCAUAUGCCUGGAGGGAUCACUGAGGAGGAUGUGAUGUUGUUGAGACCUGAGGGUCAAAGGAAGGAAGAUGUCAGUGAAAUCAUAUAAUUGGGUGUUAUCUUGAGAGUGGGAUAGGAGGGUGGUGUGGAUGAACGUGUAACGUGUACGGCACCGAAGUAGGGAGGUUGUUAUUUUAACCUGGUGGACAAUGCAUUAUUGAUGGAGGACAACUCAAGGAAAAGGAAGAGAAGAAUUGCAAUGAUUUAAUGCUCCUUGUGUAAGGAAAUUGGUGAAACACCAACCAGUUCCUGUUACAUUUUAUAUUCACUACACAGUUGUGGAAUUUCCCUAGUUCUCUAUCACCGUUGCUUGGUAAGCACCAAUGACAGCUAAAGAAACCACCAUGAGCUGGAGGUAUCGAAAUGUCAACAAUGAGAACGAGACAGUUAACAGUAUCAAGAACUAUGUGUUCUUCUAUUUUUUGAGCUAAUGUGAGAUGAAAGAGAGAGGAGAUUCUUCUACAGUAGUGAAGGAACAGAAGUAGUAUAAGAUGAUCUCUUUUGCCUUAUGUACUUUAGUUUUUUUUUUUUUUUUGAUGAAGUAAUUGAUUCUAUUCAAGGCAUCCAGAAGAUGCAAAGUAGUUUCAAAAGAUUGAGCACAAGAAUGUCAGCUCUAGUACAUAACUAAAGAGCAAACAAAAUCCAAAAGGCUAUCAGGGGAAUCUAUUGGGGAUAAAAAGGCCCAGAUGGAUGGAAGGGAAAGGAUGGUCUAUAUGCAGUUGGAUUUACCAUACUUGGACUUUUUGGUGCAUCUAAGGAUGCCACUAAUGUUGCACAAGAUAUUGCAAAAAUCUGGAAGGAAGACAUGUAGUAGAAAAAUCAAUCUGUUGCAUGCCAUAGAGAAGAAGCAUCAAGCAAGUCAACUUUCUAAUGCCAAGAAAAUAAGAUUUUCCUUUCCUUUUGUAUUCCUUUUUGGCUUUUCUUCCUGUAAUUUUACUGGGAUUGGAUAAUAAUUAACGGUGUGGAUUUAUUUA